CAUACACGGCGCACGCAGGAGGCACUACUCACCGUAUAGCUAUAUAGUAAAUUAAAUGGACAGGCAGACACAGAGAGGAUAUUUUCAAACACGUGUCUAAUGCAGACUGACGAAAAGUCUAAUCAGAUAGCAGACCUUCUACCUCCUACACGGUCACGUGAUGAUCAAUGUCCGGGCCUCCUCCCAGCCCCGGAGCGAGCAUGGCUAUAUUACAGCGCCCCCAUGUGACGCCAAUACUUCGCUCUGACCUAUCAUGUUCUGGUAAUGGCUUAUGGUCCAUGCAGGUUCCCGGGCUCCAUUUCCAGAACGUUCUGGAACUUCUCCGUUUUCCAAGGUCGGAGGUGACAUUGACAGGCGCCCCGGAUGUGAUCCACUCGAGCCCUUUUUCGUGGGUUUGAAUUUUAAAUUAUUUUCGUAUUUAGAGCAGCAGAAGGUGAUUGCGGCAGGGAACCGGUUUUGCUGCGGGGGCCCUGCUCAAGUUUGAUACGAUUCGCCUGCUGUCAGUGGGGCAGUUCCUGUCAGUGGGUCAUGGUGAUCCGGUGCCGCGCAUGCGCGGGGGAGAGUCUUUGUAUUCACGUGGAUAGGACAGAGCCGUCAGAUUGAUCUGAGUGUUGAACGAGGUGGUAUCUCAUACAAAGCAGCAUGGUAAGCCUAUACGGCAGUCAUUGUGUUUCGUAUUUUAAAUGUCAGUAUUUUUAAGAUAUCAGUACUCUCAACAGCACGGUGAUAUUCCGUAGCUAGCUGUGUCCUGAUUAUAUAUUGCAUGGUGACUAUAGUCACCUAAUUAUCACACAGGAUUAGAUACAAAAUUACAAAUUCUGGUGAAUUCUGAUGUGAAAAAAAACCUCACAACAAUUCUCUAACUAUGCUAUAAGUACAGUUAAUUAGUUUUAGCUUGGAUAUUCUAAUUCGGGUUUUUAAUUCAGUUCGCUGGGAGUUAAGUGAAUAGUCCCAGUUUAGCAAUUUUUCAUUAACCAUUUGUUACCCCUGUUUAAAAUUGUAUUUUCUCCCAUUCGUAUUGAUUAUGCAUUUUUAUAAUGUGUGGCAGAGGGAAUAAAAUAUUUGCAUGUUCCGAAAGGUUUACUGCUUUUGUAAAGAACACACAAACCUGCAGUAUACAUAUAAUUUAUUUUGAUCCAUACAUAUAUUUUAUCACCUAGAAGUCAGAUUUUCUGUAAAUGUUAAUAUUUAAUAUGGUGAUUUGUGUGUUUGUGUAACUAUUCUAAAGGUAUAUCUCUUAGGAUACUUGAUUAGACCAUGCAUCUGCUGACCUUGUGAAGGUUAUAUGGGAGAAAGGGACUCCACCGCUCAGUCAGCAUUCUAUGGCUGAGAGUCAGCUGAUGCUCAUUAAACACAGACAAAUUGAUGUAAUUUGUUUUUAAGGAACACUAAAGUGUCAGGAAUACAAACCUGUAUUCCUGACACUUGCAUAACUUUUUUUUUGGUCUGGCCCCGACUCCAUGGCAAACUGGAUGAUCUCUGCCAAUUCAAUAUUUUUCCCAGACGAUAGCAUUGGAAGGCUAUUGGUCAAAUGGUUAUUAAUUGAAUCAAUGCAUCUCUAUGGGGAAUGCUCUGCAUGAAAGCACUUAACGCCAGCAGCACUGACACAGGAGUGAUUGCCGCUAGAAGUUUUACUAGGAUCAAUGUAAACACUGCCUUUUCUCUGAAAAGGCAGCGUAUACACGGAAAAGCCUGCAGGGUCAUGUUAUAGACAUCAGAACCACUACAUUAAGCUAUAGUGGUUACGGUGGCUGUUUAUCUGGCACUAUAGGUUUCUAAGAUGCUCUCCCCCUUUCAGUCACUCACCUGAAUCCAGCCCCAAUGCCCCUUAGUGCUGAUUCAGGCUCUACCCAUGCUAGAUGGCAGGGGAGACCUAAUGCGCAUUAUGAUUUCUCUUUGGAAAGCAUUAAUCCAUAAAUCCGGUGACUCUGGAAGUCCUAGUGCAUAGCGUGAGGACGUCCAGCGUCAUUUAGAGGACCAAAAGUAGUCUACAAGCAUUGCAGUCCCUCCAGUGGCUGUCUGGUAAACACCCACUAGAGGGGGAGUUAACCCUUUCUUGUGAUUGUGCACAACAUUCGCUCACUUCUAAUCAUCUGGGACUACUAUUGCAGUUUAUUUAACUAAAACUGCAAAAAUGACAUGCUCAGUGACGUGGGACAUUGCAUCCAGACGACUUCAAUGAGCUUAAGUGGUCUGGGUGCCUAGAGAAACAUAGAAUGUGACGGCAGAUAAGAAUCAUCUGUAAAAUGGCAUGAGCAAUUCCCUCUUUUUACUGCUAAUACCUCUCCCAAAACAACCAAGCAUUCUGCUAGCAUUUCCUUACAUUGUCUGCCUACCUUUAAGUCACCAGAAAUAAUCACCCCUAAAUCCCUUUCCUCAGAUGUUGAGGUUAGGACUCCGAUAGACAGCCGAUAGUGUAAUAUGCCAAAAUCCAAGGGUAAAAUUAAUAAAAAGCAGGUAGUUAACACAUUUAAAAGAGCUUAAACCAGCUCUGGGGUGAAGGGGCGUUAAGCGGUACAAUCCCCACUAUGGGAUACAAUGGAGAGGUGUCUGUCAAUCCGGUCUGAAUCUCCAAAGCUCAGAGAUAUAUAAAAGAUAAUAGUGCUUUCAAUUUAUAAGAAAUGCAAUAUAAAAUUAGACUCACAAGUAAAGAGCAGAAGAUACUGCUCUGUUGUAGUAGCGUUGGUGGAAUGAUCCCCACCUAGGUUUUCUUUGCGUACAGGAUACCUAAAAAUACCCCUAUUUUAUCCUGUUAUUAGUAAGACUUUUAUACAAACAUUUUAUUAUCCGGAAUGAUCAACUCCUGAGGGUUACACCAUUAUUUUAGUGAGACUAACCAUUUAAUUUGCUGUAUAAUCACUUAGACUAAUUUGUCUGUUUUUCAAUUGUAUAUUUACUACUAUAAUACUUUUUGGCUCAACCCUCACCUCCUCUUUCUGUUCUUACAUCUAGUUUUUAAGGGUCUAAGAGGGAUUCCCUUUUUUUUUUUUGGGGGGGGGGUGCUGCCCCCUCUUUGUGUUGUUUAACGCUGACUCUCCCCCCUUUUGUAUCUCACAAGACUACUAUUGUCCAGUUCCACACCUCUUGUGAUAGAAUCCUCCAACAACUGCUUUCUAUUAGGCCUCACCAUAGUCUCCAAGCCUGUCUCCAUAAUACCACUACCCUCGGUGCCUGAGCCUGUCUCCAUAACACCAUUACUCUGUGCUAAAAAUGAAUUAUGAAGAGCAACAGACUGUGCAAAAUGCCUUUUUAUCCACAACUCUACAUCUACCAGAUCCUACAGUAAUCCAUCUGCCAUUCCUAGUAUGUCUCUGUGGCAGUGGCUUUGCAGCAGUUCCAUCCUGAGUUUGUUUACCAGAUAAUUUACAAAUCUCAGACUUCAAAAAUGCAAUCUCCUGCUGCAAUAUAGAGAACUGUCUCCAGAUUAGACCGCAUCAAAAUCUCCAAAAAGUGGAACGUGAAACAAAUGCAUAACAACUAUUACACUGAACUAAGUCUGACAUUUUAAUGAGGUGAGUAAUUUAAAUCAAACAAAUCUUAAUUUAUUUUUUUUGUUCUCCUGUAUACCUCAGAUUAUCUCCAAUCACACACUUUGAAGCAGCAACCAAGCUAAUGACCACAUCCCUUAUAUAACUCCUAAAAGCACCACCCACUAGGAAUGUUUAAUACCGGGGUAGGCCUCUGCUUAUUUGCAAACAAAAGCUAAUUAACCAACAAUCAAUAGUAAGUACCUAGCUAAACAAAUAAAAUGUCUUGCCAAUUACCAACAGGAAAGCAAACCUUGUGCAAUCAGUAACAUUUUCCUAGAGAUGAAUCUUACCUGUAACAGUAAGAAAGAAAAUCUCUUGGCAAAAUCUUAGACAGUUGAAGCUUCUGUAAAACUCUCCAGAUUAUCUCCAAUUACACACUCAAGCAGCACUUAGAUGUAGCAACCAAGCUAUACUACAGUGUCCCUUUUAAGCACAUUGUGUAUUUUUUUUUAAAGAUUUUUCUUCAUAAUGUCAACUUGUAUUUUUUAGGCCGGACGUGCUUUCAGAAGCUUUCUUCCAUUGUUUGAUCGUGUUCUUGUUGAGCGGUUUGCAGCAGAGACUGUAACCAAAGGUGGAAUAAUGCUUCCAGAGAAAUCACAGGGUAAAGUGCUGCAAGCAACAGUGGUAGCAGUUGGAGACGGAGCCAAAGGGAAGGUAAUUUUGUUUCUGAGCUAGGGUGCUCGCCAUCCUAAUUUUCUUUUUGAAGAGCCCUAUGCUAUAAGGCUCUAAGAAAAGAAGAAAAAAAAUUGCCUACGACAUUUCUGAAUAUUGUUAAAAUUCUGUUUACACCACUUCGUGCUGUUGCCCUUCCUACAUGGCUUGGAUUGUCAGUCUUGACAUCAGUGCACUUUCUCAGUAAAUUUAAUGCAUGUCUAUGAGUAGCUGCUAAUCAGUGCGUCUCUGUGGUGGACUUGGGCAGCAGAACAAACACUUAAUUUUCUCUUUAAAAGGCCGCGAUUACAAUGCUCUCUCUGCAGGGACUCGCUGUGGAUGUUCUGGUGACUAUAGUGUCCCUUUACAUUUUGUUGCACACUAAGUCAACCCGUUACCUGCAGUGAUGCUAACAAUUGAACGCUGCUUGAGGAAGUCUCUGUCUCUUUCAUACAGCGCAGCCCUCACCCUUGCUAAAUAGUCUGACUCUUCCUCUCAUUAGUUCAUGCUCCCUCAAUCCUAGGCAUCUCUUUAAUACGUUUAACUCCCUUCUUUGCCUUGAUGUGGCCACUCCCCUAACUAAUCUUUCAGCUGAUGGCUUUGCAUGUUACUUUACUGACAAGAUUAAACUGUUAAGGAAUUAAUUCUCUCCACUCUCUCAACCUCACUUGGAUUAUAUCAUCCCUACUCUCCAACUACUGAACAGACUAUUUUUUUUUUUUUUAUUACUUGUGAGACUUCACUGAAUACAAAUGCAUUUUAUUGCAGUAACUGCUAACAGUAUUAUGACACAUUGUCACAGUUAAUAUGCUAUGCAGUACUAAAAUUUUAAAACUUCUUAAUUUUUCACUUUUUUACAUUGUAUUCAUAUAUGAAAAACUUAAUCCUGUUUCUCCUGAAUAAAAUUUAUAUAGAAUUGUGGGUGCAUUUAAUAUGAAAGAGGUGAAUUACAGUUGGACAGACAUAGCGCAGAUGCCAGGUUUUGUUUUGAUCACAACUUGUACAACUGGCUCAGUUCUUAGAGUUACAAAUGAUCUAAUUACAGCUAAAUCCAAAGGCCACUACUCAUACUAAUUCUUCUUGACACUGUUGAUCAUGGCCUCUUUUUCCUAACUCUACAAUCUCUUGGUCUCUGUGACACAGCCCUCUCAUGGUUCACCUACAAUCUCUCCCAAUAUUCUUUGUCAUUUUAUUUUUCUUCUAAUCCUGUCUGUCUGAGUUCAAGGUUCAGUUCUUGGUCCCCUUUUGUUCUUUCUGUACUGUAUCUCUUAUCCAACUCAUUAAUUUGGAUUUCGCUACCACCUGUACGCUGAUGACACCCAGAUAUCUCUCUCCCCUGCUGUCCUACAACGUCUCACCAAUUACCUUUUUUCUUCCAUCUCUGACUGGAUGUCCUCCCGCUUUCUGAAACUAAAUCUCUCUAAAACAGAGUUUCUUAUUUUACCUCCUUGUAACACCGAUCCUCCUCUUUCAUUCUCCCUGCAGGUUGAUGGUACCUGCCUCACCCCAUCCUUUCAAGCUCGAUGUAUUGGUGUAAUUUUUGAUCCUGGCCACACCUUUGUGCUACAUGUCCAGUCUACUGCUAAAACUCGUUAAUUCCACCUUAAAGGCACACAGACCACUUCUGCCCAUUGGAGUAGUCUGGGUGCCAACUCCCACUACCCUUAACCCUGCAACUGUAAAUAUUGCAGUCGUCAUGAACUGCAAUAUUUACCUUGCAGGGUUAACUCCUCCUCUAGUGGCUGUCUACUAGACAGACGCUAGAGGGCACUUCCGGGUUUGUAACACAGAUUUUCUAUGUGCUAUAGCGUCGCUAGAUGUCCUCACGUUAUGGGAGGACCUCCAGCCUCGCUAAAAUCCCAAUAGGGAAGCAUUGAAAACAUUUUUCAAUGCUUUCCUAUGGGGAGGUCUAAUGCGCAUUAGGUCUCCCUCGCCGGAUGUCGGCGGGGGAGGAGCGUGGGCGGACCCUGGACCAGCGCCGAGGGACAUCGCGCUGGACUCCAGUUAGUCACUGAAGGGGUUUAAACCCCUUAAGCAACCUGGGGUGAGAGGGGACCUGCAGUGCCAGGAAAACUGUUUGGUUUCCUGGCACUGGAGUGUCCCUUUAAAAGCAUUGACUGCCUACGCCCCUUUCUUAGAGAAGAUGCUGCCAAGGAGCUUGUUCAUGCUCUAAUAAUCUCUUGCAUGGACUACUGUAAUUCUCUUCUAAUUGGUCUCCACAGAAGCCGUACUGCACCCCCUCCCCCCCACUAUCUGCUGCCAGGCUGAUCUUUCUCUCCUUUCGCUCAUCUCACACCUCUCUCUAUCCCAACGCUGGCUUCCUGUACAGGACACCCUACAGGUGUAAAUUCAAAAUACUAACCCUUACCUAUAUAGCUCUAGCCCCUCUUGCAUUUUUUUCACUGAUUUGUAGGUAUACCACCUCUCGGUCUAUAUGCUCCCCUGGUGACCACCUCCUUGCACCCUUACUGCAAAUUCACGCUUGCAAGACUUUUUGUGGGUGGCUCAUUUCCUUUGGAAUAACUUGCCUACACGUGUCACUCUCCCCUAGUCUUCAAUCUUUUAAGAAGUCCCUCAAAACACAUCUUUUCAGGAAUGCUUAUAUCCUCCCAGAGUGACUAUCUCACAAACCUGCCUCUUGGGCCACACUCCACUCUCACCUCCAGUUCUGCUACUUUCCCAACAUGUCUAUUUGCUGUCUCCCUUUUGUUUUUUAUACCCCACCUCCUCUAGACUGUAAGCUUGUUUCAGCAGGGUCCUCACAUACCUAUCGUUACUGUUACAUUUUAUUGUAAAGCACUGUGGAAUAAGCUGGUGCUAAUAUAAAUACCAAUAAUAAUACCACUCAUAGCAACGCCCUAAAUACUCCCAACACCUAGGGUGGAUGUUCUCAAACAUAUAUGUAGGAGCCGAGCAAAGUUAUGUCCAUGGGAUCUAUGAAAACAUACUCCCAAUGAACAAAUACAACCCAAGGGGUGUAAUCUAAAAAGGCUUGCAGAAGCUACAGAUGUUUUGUCGUCUAGAUUUUCUGUUAAAUUUAUACACUUUCCAAUGCAGCUCAAUAAGAAUUAUUUGCAAGGUGGGUGCUCUGAGCAAUUGUCAGCUUUGUGUGUUUAGCUCAAUAAGUGUCUGUCAGCAAAGGGGCUGUAACAUGAUUAAUUUCUAUUAAAAUGGUCACUUUUUGUAAAUUGACAAAAGUACACCUAAAACUGUGCUUUAGUUGUCUGGAGCACUGGUGGAACUACCUAUGGUGCUUAGGAUGCCAGUCAGUCAUAUUUGAUCAGAUUCCCAGGCAGGCAUCGCAGUCCUUAAUAUCCUGACUGGUCCCCUGUCACACUGGUAGUCCUGGAAGGAAAUACAGACAGACUGUCAAAUUAUCUAAGUACUUAUUUUGGGGUUGGGAGCAGUGUUAAUUUUGGCGGCAAAUUUCAACUUUAGUUUUAGUCACUCUUUUGACUUAAAUACCAUUUUAGUGAUCUGAAUUGCUUGUCAAUUAAAUCUCCUGUAGAUUUUAGUUGAUAAAACUAAAAUCUAAUGGUUUAGUUAAAGCCUCCAUCUGUCUUUUAUCCCUUCCACAGCCCCUUUGUGUCCUCCCAGCCACUCCAGGCAUCUUUCCUAUGCCCUGGUCUGUCUCUUUUGCCCAUUCAACAGCCUCUCUGUGCAGUGUUAAUUUUUUUUUUUUAGCUGCAAAUUUCAGUUUAGUUUUAGUUAUAGUCUUUUGACUAAAACGCUAUUUUAGUCGACAAAAUUAACACUGGUUGCAAGAGGGUCAAGGCACUCCAGGCACCACAACCACUACAUAAUGUCUAUAGUCAUAGUCCUUUAAAACUUGCAUUUAUGACCGGUGGUUGUGCACAACAAUCACCCAAGACCUCAUCCAUAUACUGCUGUAACGCUAGCUUCACAACAGAAUCUCUUGAGGUGGGUCGAAUUGAACAGAUGUAUGCACUGUGUACAAAUAUUUGUUUAGGCAGAGUCGAAAGUACAGUUCCUUCUCGAACAUCCCCUUGCCCGCCGCUCUUUAAUCCGUUUUAUUUAUAUUUAACUUCUAGGAUGGAGCUAUUCAACCAGUAAGUGUUAAAGUUGGUGACAAGAUCUUGCUACCAGAAUAUGGAGGCACCAAAGUGGUUCUAGAUGAUAAGGUGUGUAUUAAAGCUUUGUGAUUGACUGACUGGUGUGGGGGGAGAGUAAUUUUUUUUGUCUCUUUGAAUAGACUACAUUUUCUCAUUAUAUAUAUAUAUAUAUAUUUUAUUUUUUUUUUAUUAUAUACAGGACUACUUCUUAUUCCGGGACGGAGAUAUUUUAGGAAAAUAUGUAGAGUAAGCGAUUGUUUUUGAUCGAUCUUCAUUCCAGGAUAACACAUCUUGUCAGGUUUAUUGUAAAUAUAAUUUCUUUUUGCUAUAAUGUAGAAAUCUACACUUUGUAUCUAUUUUUUUUUUUUUUUUCGCCUCUAUUUUUACCAUGCUUUGUAAAAUGAUCUAGCCGUAUUUCUUUUUUUGCCAUUGUUUAAAUAACAUCAUUUCAUAUGGUAAAUAAAUAUAUUGUUUAAGAAGGAUUCUAGUGUGUGUGUGUUUUUUUUUUUUUUUUUUUUUUUUUUUUUUUUUUUUUUUUUUUUUUUUAUUUAUUUAUUUUUUUUUGUACAUAAA